AUGAUCGAGGGUAGUACGGUGACGAAAUGUCGCUUCGCCAUGGGAUAUCGUCUGUCGCUCAUUUCGCUUUGCGCCGCUUAUUUCGCACCGCCGACAGUAAUCUGCGUGCUGAUUACUGUGAAUCUCGUCAAACUGGGCUCCGACGAUCAAGAGCACAUCAAAAUUGUGUCGGUCGAGGAGAAAAUCAUUCAAAACCGCCGACAAAAUACAUCGUCGACGCUUCGAACGUUGGCGACGAGUUCCGCGGAUGUCAGAUCGCAAUCAUCGGAUUCGGGCGCGGCCACCGUCGUCAGCGAUUGCUCAUCAACGGCCGACAUGAGCCAUCUGGAGCGUUUCGCACCGGAUAGAACCAAAUUAGGCGCGCUGGAAAUGGUCGAUUAUUCGAUCACGAAAAUAUUCGAAAAAGAGAGAAGAAGCUCGCGAUUGGCCGCCGUUUUCGCCGCGUUAUUCAUUCUUACACUAUUGAUUUCGAUAUCGUUCAUCACUAUCGUCGCGAUCCUAUCAGACGGCUUCACAACCCUUCUUUCAGGAAAUGAAGUUUGCACGGAUAUUUCGGAUACCGGCGAUCGAUCGAAUUCAUAUAAUUCGAUGUAUUCAUCGGAUAACUCGACGUGCCUUACUCCGAACUGCAUAAGACUUGCCGCCAACAUUUUGAACAACAUGAAUCGCGAGGCGAAUCCGUGCGAUGACUUUUACGAGUUCGCCUGCGGACGCUACGCUCGCCAAAAAGUGGUCGCCGAGCACGAGAAAAAGGUGACGGUGCUCAGCGAGAUGAAGAAGGAGCUCGACCAUCAUUUGAAGGAUAUUCUCGAGAAGUCGCCGCGCGACAAUGCGACACGAGCGAUGAAGCUCGCACAAAUAUAUUAUGACUCAUGUAUGGAUGAGUUCUCGCAAGACGAAUUGGGUGUUCAACCGUUGAUGUCGCUCAUCUCGAAUCUCGGUGGCUGGCCGCUUCUGACCAAUGCCCGAUUCGAAUCCCUCGAUUUCCAAUGGGAAGUCCUCGCCGGCCAUCUCGCCUUACAUGGAGUUGAUGGCAUUUUCAGAAUAUUUGUUCACUCCUCAUUCGACAACAGCGACAAGCAUGUUCUAAUGUUCUCGCCGCCAAAACUAUUUCUCGAGAAGAAAAAGUUCUACCGUGAAGUUCCAUCGUCCAAUGUUUACCUACAGUAUUAUCGUCAAUAUAUUCUGUCGCUUCUAUCCAUGCUCGGUGUCGAUUUGGAGGAUGAAACGGGAGUUAUUGAAUACCAAGUUGAUGAUAUAAUAGAUUUUGAACGAAGAAUUGCCAAUCUCACUCGCAUUGAAAUUUCUCGAAAUCAUAGCGCAAUCAACAAUGUUAUGACAUUUGGCGAUUUCAAGAAGAGAUAUGAGAAGAUCAAUUGGGAUGGGUAUUUCAACGAGGAAUUGCGGAAUAGCCUCGGGCGAAUGCCGGAUUCGCUCGAAAUCAACGUCGUCGAUGUCUCCUACUUUGAUAACUUACAUUCGCUCAUCAAAUCGAAGCCAUUGAGCUCAAUCAGCAACUAUUUGAUGUGGUGUCUCGUCGCGAAUUAUGAUAUCUAUUUGCCGAAAAAAUACCGCCAACCGAUGUAUGAUUUUCGAAGGCGAAUGUAUGGAAUCACCUCAAAUAGUCCGACAUGGGAAACGUGUGUCGGCGAAGUUCGCGAUAAUCUUGCGAUUCCGCUUUCCACUGAAUAUGCUCAAAAAUUCUUCACUCAACGGGAGAGGCGAAUUGCUGAAGACAUGAUCAGAGAUCUGAAAAAAGCUAUGGAACACACCCUAUUGAAUGCCGACUGGAUUGAUGAAUCCACUAGAGAGGCGGCAUUGACGAAACUUGAUGUUAUGGGACAUAAAAUUGGAUUUCCUGAUUCUCUUCUAAAUGAGACGGCCGUCCUUCUCCCGUAUGCCGGAGUUCGUCUCACUGCCAAUCAAUACUUUGAUAAUGCGGUCUCAUUGAGAAAAUCGAUCUAUCGCGAUAUGCUCUCGAAAUUGCACCGUGAGCCGUCGCCGAUUGAUUGGGCUUCUCCGGUGAUUGCCGUCGAUGCGUUCCACUAUUUCACCGGCAAUGAGAUCAUUUUCCCCGCCGGAAUCCUUCAAUUCCCGAUGUUCGUGCCAGAUGCGCCGUCAUAUGCGAACUAUGGAGCGAUUGGAAUGGGAAUUGGACACGAGAUCACGCAUGGCUAUGAUGAUUUGGGAGCUCAAUACGACGAAAAGGGAAAUCUUCGCGGCUGGUGGCACACCGAGACUAUGAUGACGUUCCAGAAGAAGAAGCAAUGUUUUGUUGCUCAAUAUGGUAGCAAAAUUGAGCCAAUUACUGGAAGAAAGUGUGAUGGAAAAAUGACAAUCGGCGAGAACAUUGCAGAUAAUGGCGGUUUACGCGUAGCUUAUCAGGCCUAUCAAUUGAAACUCGAUCGUGAGAAGGAGUCAACCAGAUUACCAGGAUUGGGCCAAUUCUCACCGAAACAAUUGUUCUUCUUAUCAUAUGCUAAUACCUGGUGUGAGGCCUUGAAACCGCAAGCGAUCGACCAUAUAAUGGACACCGACGUUCAUUCAUUGGGCAUAUUCCGUGUCAACGUGCCACUUCAGAAUUUGCCAGCCUUCUCGAAAGAGUUCGACUGUCCCAUCGGCUCGCCGAUGAAUCCAUUCGAAAAAUGCCGAAUCUGUGUGCUCCUGGUUUUUGGCGAAGCUAAUGAAAGUGCGAAUGAGAAAUUGAUUGCGUGCUGCGCGCACGAUCCGCAAAUCGAUCAGUACUGUGCGAAAAAGUAUUGCAAUUUCGGCAAAAUCCACCAGCAUUUGGUGCUGCCGUUUAUUGCCGAAUGCGGUCCGCGAGGCAACACGGCGAGCAGAAUUUGGGAUUGUUUGAGCUCGCGACACGAUCAUACCGCGUGCUGUGCUAAUCAGGGAGUCCAACCAUUGUGCCGCGCGUUCUGCAACGCUUCGAAAGCGGUCCCAACCGACAUGCUUAAAUACGGCUGGUGCGCGCAAGAGUUCGACAAAUACCGCCUAUGCUUUCGCACCUACCUCAAACACAACCCACCGAUUCGUCAUUAA